CAACCCCCUUUUUGUGUACAUAAUAAAAUAACAAUUUCUCGAUUUAUUUAAAAUCAAAUUUUAAAUUACAUCUUCAUUUAAUUGAAAUACUUUAUAAGUCAACAGAACUUAAGUAUCAAAAAAAUUGUUCAAUUCAUCAAAAUCAUGCCGAGGAAAGCAAUAAAUUCCGACAAGAUUUGUCAAUCAAAAUAAAUUUUACUUUAAAAAAUACCAAAAAAAAAAACAAUAAAUUAAAUGUCAAAAGUUGUUCAAUUUUAAAUUCAAUUUUAAAAAAAUGUCAAAACGCGAAUUCAAAACGGACUCACAAGAUUUCAAGAGAAAAGUACAAAAGCUCACAGCUGAUUCAGGCAAAACAAUUGAGCAUCAACAAGUCAUUCCAGAUGAGCUCAUUUCCUACAUUUUUACAUUCUACAAAGACAUCGAGGACAUCAAAAAAUGCUUUAUGCUUUCAAAAAGGAUGACUGCUUGGAUCAACAUUGAACCUUUAAUCGCCAAUAAUAUCAAAUUUUCAUUAAAUGAUGUCCGAAAAAAUGAUUUCUUAAAGUUCAUCAGCCAUAAUGGAUAUUUUGUGAGAAAUCUUGAAGUUAAUGGAUAUUGGAGAAUUGGAAGUUCAAUAAAUUUUAGUCAACUGCCAAGAUUGAGGGAGCUUUCGAUUCAAAGUAUGGAUUUUGGGGGUCGGCAGAGUGAACUUGAUGGAUGUAAUGGAUUAAACAUGUUGAACUUAAGGAGCUUGAAGACUUACAACAUGACAGACUUAGAAGAUUUGAUCAAAAAGUUAAGCAAUACAAGAAGUUUGACUAGACUUGAUGCUAAGUUCGACAACAAUGCUAAUCAUGAAUUAUGGACCGACUUUAUAUUCCAACAGAACAAUUUGAAGGAAUUAAGCCUGAAAAUCACCAAAGAUGAAUUCAACUUUCCGUACAAAGAUGUCAAAAACCUGAUAAAAUUCAAAUUACAAACUUUAAAGUUGUCACUUCCAAAAAUCGAUCAAGGUUUGUUACUUACCUUUCUGAAUACACUAGGAUCAAGCCUUCAAGCACUUGAUCUUCAAAUCACAGAUCAAACUCACUUUCCAUCAAGAAACAUCAACUUUGAAGUAAAAUUCAAUCCUAAAAAGCUUAAACUUUGCAUUCACAACGCACACGAGUUGAAUUUCCAGUCAUUCAUCGAAUCUCAAGCUGAAAAGUUGGAGGAACUAGACUUGGAGAUUGAAUCUGACCCGCCGAAUUUUCUAGAACGUCCUAUAACGUCAAUAGAUUCUUUAAGAAUGACAACAUUAAAGUUGUGCCUUAAAACUGUUAAACAUCAAAAUCUUUUGGACUUUUUGUCAAAAAUGAAUAAUUUGAAGGAACUCGAGCUGUCCAUUGAUGACAUGGACAUGGAUGAAUUUCCAUGCAGAGACAUCAGCAAUGAGAUGAAGUUUAAGCUUCAAAAGUUUAAAUAUUCAUUGCCAGACAUCAAUCAAGUUAGAUUUGUGGAUUUUUUAAAAGCACAUGCUGAAUCUUUAGAGGAACUAGAUGUUAAAUCAAUUGAUGAAAUAAACCUUUUGGAUCAAAUCUUCAAAUAUCUCAAAAAUCUCAAAAAAUUGACAAUUGAUGCUGAUGCAAGUGAGAAGCUUUUUGACGAAAAAUUUCCUAAAUUUGAGCUGGAAAAACUUAAAUAUUUUGAGGAUAAAAACCAAAAUGGAACUUCAAUGUCCAAAUUAUUUAGAUUUUUUCCAAACAUUGAGAUUCUUAAAUGCUGUGACACGUUGGAUGCACAAGGAGAUUAUCCAAAAGUUUCAACUUUUGAUACCAGCGUGGUCUACUGGCCGAGAAUUUUCAAAUUUAAGCUCCCAAAUUUGAAAAAUUUAUUCAUCAGAAAGAUCGAUAAAAUAAACGAUGAAUUUUAUUGGACGAGAUUUCCCAGAAACUUUCAAAAUGUUGAGAACAUCACUGUCCAUAAUGUAGGAUAUGAAGAUGAGGACGUCCUUCGAAUCGUAAAAAGAUUAAAGAAUUUUAAAAAAUUAAAAACAUUCAAAAUUAGACACGGAGUGGCCAUAAAUCAUGAGUAUGACAUGGAUGAAAAUGAAAGAGUUGAAGUUGGUGCAAAAUUCUCUAAAAUUCUGGUGGAUACGACAAAAAGGAUCAUCAGAGUAUCCACAUAUAUCGUAAUAAACCGAUUUGACAUUAUGAAGGUUUUGCAGGCAACUUUCGAGAAUUUUGAGUUUUUGGAAUUUUGCUUUGAGGAGAUUAAAAUGAGGAAGAUUUGUGCAGAAGAGUUGAUGAAGAUGAGACUUGAAGCUCCAUCUGCACCUGUAUAGAUGUAUUUUUUU